CGCAUUUGGUACAAUCUUCGCCAUGCCAGUGACAGGUGUCAUUUCAGCCUCCUGGGCAGGAUGGCCGGCAGCAUUUUACUUCUUCGGUGGUGUCGGAUUGGGUUGGUGCGUGCUGUGGAUUAUAUGGGGACGAAACAGUCCAGCCGACGACAAAACGAUAACUCCAGAAGAGAAAUAUUAUAUUGAAUCGUCGCUUAAAAAUACAGGAGAUAAAAAGCCGCCUAAAACUCCAUGGAAGGAAAUCUUAACGUCAAUGCCUGUAUGGGCAAUAGUUGUGGCAAAUUUCGGACAAAAUUGGGGAUACUCGGCUCUUCUGACCGAAAUAUCAAAUUAUUUGAACAAAGUUUGUGGUCAGGAUGUUUCAAGUAGUUCUUGGUUAUCAGCUGCACCAUAUCUAGCUCUCUUCAUCCUAGGAAUGACGUUUGGCCCUAUAGCUGAUUGGCUUAUAGUCAAAAACUACCUCUCGGCAACUAACACGAGAAAACUGAUGAACACAAUAGGGACUUUUUGGGCCAGCUAUUGCCCUUGCCGUCCUUGGUUAUAUACCAAAAGAAAAUAUCUUUUUGAUUGAAACACUCUUAAUUAUUGCUGUUGGUAUCAACGCAGCUGUUUGGUGUGGCUUCCAGGUGAAUCACGUGGAUUUAUCACCGAAGUUUUCAGGAAUUUUGAUGGGACUGGGAAAUGGAUCGUCGAAUAUAUUUUCCAUUGUUUCUCCUAACAUAGUGGGGGCUAUUGUUACUCAUGAAACAGAUCCAACGCAGUGGCGAACAGUUUUCUUAAUAGCAGCCGCUAUAUACAUCUUAUCGGAUAUAUUUUUCGUUAUUUAUGCCAAAGGAGAACGACAAUGGUGGGAUAGCUUAGGAGAUGAAGAGGAAACUACCGAAAGUGAUUCCCAAUUUCAAGAGAUCAAAUUGGAGAGAGAAUCUUGAUUAGUAUUUAUAUGUAUUAAAUAGUGUUUUUUUAUAAUAAAACUUUGUACUAUAUUAAAUAAUAUAUCUU